AUGUCCCCGGCGUCGCGGAUUUUCGGCUUCUUCUCCCUCCUCGUUUUCUGUCUGUUCUCCUUCGUUUCAUCCGACGAUCUCCAAGUCUUACUCAAGACCAAAUCAUCUAUCCUGGAUUCGAAUCCCGGCGUUUUAGAUUCCUGGAAGCUCAACUCCAGUCCAUGUGGCUUCGCCGGAAUAACCUGCGAUUCUAGAGGCUCCGUUACGGAGAUUGAUCUCUCGCAUCGCGGUUUAUAUGGGAAAUUUCCGUUCGAUUCGGUGUGCGAGCUCCAGAGUCUUGAGAAACUCUCACUCGGAUUCAAUUCACUGUCUGGAACAGUCCCCAGUGAUUGGAAGAACUGCACGAGUCUCAAGUAUUUGGAUCUCGGGAACAAUUUGUUCUCUGGUCCUUUCCCUGAGUUCUCUUCUCUAACCCAGUUACAGUACCUCUAUUUGAACAGCAGCGCGUUUUCCGGCGUCUUUCCGUGGAAAUCGCUGCAAAACGCGACGCAACUCGUCGUUUUGAGCCUCGGUGACAAUCCGUUCGAUACGGCGCCGUUUCCUGAGGAGGUUGUUUCUCUGACGAAGCUCUCGUGGCUCUAUCUGUCCAACUGCAGCUUGACGGGGAAAAUCCCUCCGGCGAUCGGAGACUUGACGGAGCUUCAGAACUUGGAGAUUUCCGACAGCGGUCUCACCGGAGAGAUUCCUCCGGGGAUCGUGAAACUCAGCAAACUCUGGCAGUUAGAGAUCUACAACAACUCAUUGACUGGAAAAUUUCCUCCCGGGUUCGGAAACUUGAAGAACCUGACUCGCUUGGAUGCUUCCGCAAAUUCUCUAGAAGGCGAUUUAUCGGAGCUCAGGUUUUUGACCAACCUCGUUUCCCUACAACUGUUCGAAAACAAAUUCUCCGGUGAGAUUCCGCCGGAGUUCGGAGAAUUCAAGGAUCUCGUCAAUCUCUCUCUGUACACAAACAAUUUAACCGGUCCUCUGCCUCAAGGACUCGGUUCUCUCGCCAAUUUCGAUUUCAUCGAUGCAUCCGAAAAUCAUCUAACCGGACCGAUCCCUCCAGACAUGUGCAAAAGCGGGAAGAUGAAAGCUCUUCUUCUCCUGCAGAACAAUCUCACAGGCUCUAUCCCGGAGUCUUACGCCAACUGUUUGACUCUGGAACGUUUCAGAGUUAGCGACAACUCGCUCAACGGAACAGUUCCCGCCGGACUUUGGGGAUUACCGGAGCUCGAUAUAAUCGACUUAGCCAUGAACAACUUCGAAGGCCCGGUCACCGCUGAUAUUAAAAACGCGAAAAAGCUGGGAACGUUGUAUCUAGGGUUCAACAAGUUUUCCGAUGAGCUGCCUGAGGAGAUAGGUCACACGGAAUCUCUGACUAAGGUCGAGCUUAACGAUAACCGGUUUUCCGGGAGGAUUCCAAGCUCUAUCGGUAAACUGAAGGGACUUAGCAGUCUAAAGAUGCAGAGCAAUGGCUUCUCCGGUAACAUACCUGACUCGAUCGGGUCGUGUUCGAUGCUCAGCGAUCUCAACAUGGCUCAAAACUCGCUAUCCGGCGAGAUCCCGCACACGCUUGGAUCCCUUCCGACGCUCAACGCUUUGAAUCUUUCGGACAAUAAGCUGUCUGGAAGAAUCCCGGAGAGUUUGUCGUCUUUAAAACUUAGCCUGCUUGAUCUGUCAAACAACAGAUUAUCAGGCCGUGUCCCUCUGAGUUUGUCAUCAUAUACCGGUAGCUUCAAUGGCAAUCCUGGACUCUGCAGCACGACGAUCAAAUCGUUUAACCGGUGCAUAAAUACUUCAGGACCUCAUCGAGACACUCGCAUCUUCGUGUUGUGCAUAGUUUUUGGUUCACUGAUCUUGCUUGCGUCUCUUGUGUUUUUCUUGUACCUGAAGAAAAGCGAGAAGAAGGAAAGUCGAACGCUGAGACACGAAUCUUGGAGUAUAAAGUCGUUCCGAAGGAUGACUUUCACUGAAGAUGAUAUCAUCGAUUCGAUCAAAGAAGAGAACUUGAUCGGUAGAGGAGGUUGUGGCGAUGUGUACAGAGUAGUACUCGGUGAUGGUAAAGAACUCGCUGUCAAACACAUUCGGAGUAAUAGUACAGACAGUUUCACUCAGAAGAAUUUCAGCAGUGCGAUGCCGAUUCUCACUGAAAAGGAAGGAAGAUCCAAAGAGUUUGAAACAGAGUAUGGAUACUCGUCGAAAGUGAAUGAGAAAUGCGAUGUGUAUAGCUUCGGAGUUGUGUUAAUGGAGCUUGUCACGGGGAAAAAACCGAUAGAGGCGGAGUUUGGAGAGAGCAAAGACAUAGUGAAUUGGGUGAGUAACAAUCUGAAGAGCAAAGAGAGUGUUAUGGAGAUAGUGGACAAGAAGGUAGGAGAAAUGUAUAGAGAAGAUGCAAUCAAGAUACUGAGGGUUGCAAUCCUCUGCACCGCAAGACUGCCUGGACUAAGGCCGACGAUGAGGAGCGUGGUUCAGAUGAUCGAGGAUGCGGAACCUUGCAGAUUGAUGGGGAUUGUGAUUAGUAAAGAGAGUGAUUUGAAGAUCAAAGAAAUAAGUUAA